AUGCCCCACGUCAUCUGCUCCAGUUGCCUCUUGUUCCUCUUCCUCGUGACCCUCUCUGCCGCCGAGCCGAGGCGCAGCGCUUCCGGACAGCGCAGGUCGUCUCGCGCACCUACAGCCAAGGUGCGUCUGGCGGGAAACUUCGCACGGGAGCAUCACGAGGGUCGCGUGGAGGUGCUGCACAACAACACCUGGGGCACCGUGUGUGACGACGAGGUGGACAUCAACCUGGCUAACGUGGUGUGUCGAGAGCUGGGAUUUCAGGGGGGCGUCACAUGGGCACACAGCGCCAAAUAUGGAGAGGGACAGGGUCCUAUAUGGAUGGACAAUGUUCGAUGCAAUGGUACCGAGAAGUCCUUAAAGGACUGCAAGCACAAUGGCUGGGGGGUGAAUGACUGCAAACAUUCUGAAGACAUGGGAGUGGUGUGCGCCACGGAGACCAGGAGGGAACCGACAACCAGCAAUAGAGACCACAGCAAUGCCAUCGGCUCCAAUGGGAAUCCAUCGUCCCAGUUGCAAGGCCUUGUGACUACCCGCAGACACUCUGUAUAUGGCUAUUACGGGAAUGGACAUCCAUACGAGGUCCCCAGGAUCCAGAGGCAGCAACUGCACCUGGGUAACAGUAAGGUCCGAAUCGAGGAAGUGCGCUUGAGACCCAUCCUCAUGUCGACCAAGAAGAAGACUUUGGUGACUGAAGGCGUGGUAGAAGUGAAGCAUGCUGGGAGAUGGAGGCAGGUCUGUGACAUGGGCUGGAGUCUGAACAGCAGCAGAGUGGUCUGCGGGAUGCUCGGUUUUCCUGAUGCUGCCCAGCCCAACCUCAAAAUGUACAAGAAAAUAUGGGACACCAAGGUGGCAGACCCUUCAACAAGGUUGAGCCUCAUUGCCAAGAAGAAGGGCUUCUGGGUUGAAAAGGUCAACUGUCUGGGCAAUGAAAACACCUUGUCUGAGUGCCAGGGUCAGCUGUCUAUCCCCCGUAGCCCCGUUCCCUGUAAGAACGGCCGGCAUGCUGUGGUCAAAUGUGUUCCGGGCCCUCAAUUUUCCAGGAUAUCCUCGGGAAGACCUCAAGCCCCGUACCCAGUUGUGCCAGUGCGUUUGAAGGCUGGGCCCAGGCUUGGCGAGGGUCGCGUUGAGGUGCUCCGAGACGGAAAAUGGGGGACAAUCGUGGACCACAUGUGGGAACGCACCGCAGCAAGUGUGGUGUGCAGAGAGCUGGGCUUCGGUACCGCCAAGGAUGCACUGCAAGGCGCCUAUAUGGGUCAAGGUACUGGACCCAUCCACAUGAACAGUGUGCAGUGCACAGGAACAGAGCGCUCCAUCCUCGACUGCUUUUUCCAGGAAGUUCGACCCUGGACAUUCAAACACAGUCAGGAUGCUUCAGUGCGCUGUAACGUCCCUAAAACCGGCACAGAGUACACGGUGCGCCUGUCUGGUGGCCGGGUUCCCACCGAGGGUCGAGUGGAAGUGCUAAUGGAAGUAGGCGGCCGUAAGCGGUGGGGUUCAGUCUGCAGCGAGAACUGGAGUAUCAAUGAGGCCAUGGUAGUGUGCAGACAGUUGGGCUUCGGAUUUGCUGCGAGUGCACAUCAGGACACCUGGUACUGGUCCAGCAACCCAAAUGCAGCAGAGCUCAUCCUCAGCGGAACUCACUGCGUCGGCACCGAAUUCUCAGUUCAACAGUGUCGUCGUAACAACCACUUGCACUGUCCACGAGGGGGGGGUGCUAAGGCAGCUGGAGUCACCUGCUCAGAGACGGCCCCCGACCUUGUUCUGGAUGCCCAGCUGGUUCAGGAGACGGCCUACCUUGAAGACCGACCGCUCCACCUUCUGAGCUGUGCCAAUGAGGAGAACUGUCUGUCCUCCUCCGCUGCCCGAAUGAACUGGCCCUACGGCCACAGACGGCUGCUGCGCUUCUCUUCACGCAUCAUGAAUCUCGGACGAUCCGAUUUCAGACCCAAAGCGACAAGAGAGAGCUGGACGUGGCACCAAUGUCACAGGCAUUACCACAGCAUCGAGGUGUUCACACAUUACGACUUGUUGACUUUGAACGGCACCAGGGUUGCAGAGGGACAUAAGGCCAGUUUCUGUCUGGAAGACACGCAUUGCCCAGACGGUGUUCCAAAACGCUUUUCUUGUUAUAACAUGGGUGACCAGGGUAUCUCUGUGGGCUGCUGGGAUACCUACCGCCACGAUAUUGACUGUCAGUGGGUUGACGUGACAGACGUACGGCCUGGCGAUUACAUCUUUCAGGUGGAAGUCAACCCAUCGAUGGACAUGGCCGAGUCGGACUUCAUGAACAACGUUAUGCGCUGUCGCUGCAAGUACGACGGCCACAGGGCUUUUAUGUAUGGAUGUCACGCAGGUGACGCUUACAGUGCAGAGACUGAAGACCUAUUUGAGCACCAGAGGGAAAUAACAAACAACUUUGUGUAG